AAGGGGGGCGGGGUGGCCGGGAGGCUGGCAGGCAGCGCGGGGAGCCGUGCUGCUGGGCGGGGUAGGCAGCGGCCGGAGGAGCGAGCCGGAGCGGCCGGCGGCGGGCAGCAGCAUGGUGGAUGUGUUCAGCGGGCGGCUUCUCGUGGACAAGGCCGGCCGCAGCGUGGACCCCGAGGAGGCGCUGCAGAACAAGGUGGUGGGCUUGUACUUCUCGGCCGCCUGGUGCGCCCCGUGCCGCGACUUCACCCCCGUCCUCUGCGACUUCUACACGGAGCUGCUGGAGGAGACGGAGCCGCCCGCCCCCUUCGAGGUCGUCUUCAUCUCGUCCGACCACAGCGCCGAGGAGAUGGUGGGCUACAUGCACGCCAUGCACGGCGGCUGGCUGGCGCUGCCCUACCACGACCCCUACAAGCAUGAUCUGAAGAAGAAAUACAACAUAACAGCUAUUCCUAAACUGGUGAUUGUGAAACAAACUGGAGAAGUCAUUACUGACAAAGGAAGAAAACAGAUCAGAGACAAAGGGCUUUCCUGUUUCCGAAACUGGCUUGAGGGUGCAGAUAUCUUUCAGAAUUUUUCUAGCUAAACAAAACUUGGCAGAUAGAAGCAAGACAAGGCAUCAUGGAAAACUUUGUAGGGCUCUCAAGAGUGUUGCCUUGUUCAAAACAAAACGGGUAAGAAUGCAUUAUUUGUGUUUGCUUGUAAUCAACUUUUGUUCUAGUUCAACUUGAAGAUUAGACAUUCCAGUAAGUCAAAAAAAAUGCUGCUUUAUUUGUAUUGUUUUAUUUAUUAUAUUCAGUAUGAACCAAAGCAUUCCUGAUAACACUGAAAAACUUUCGGAGGAAAAGCUCUUUUAGACAGUAACAAUAGAGCUCUCUGAAAUCUAUGCAAACACCUGAUUUUUGCAGAUCUGUACAGUUAAGAUAUUUUUCUUGAUCACAGAAUUUUUCUGGUGAUUAGCACAUAUAUUUUAUCAAGAAAAAUGAACAGUUUGCUUUAAUAAAUGUUUAUGAAGUAUAUA